CACUAACCUUAAUUAUUUAUAGCUUCAAUCUUAAGUUGUAUAAGCAAAAUGGCAUCCUCAUCGCAUCUGGGUAAUAGCCUUGAUGAGAACUUCCAAGCAGCGAUUAGUGUUCAGGAGCUCAUAAAAAAGCCUAUCCUCUCUGUCCCACAAAACUAUGUUCAGUCUGAUCAACAAUCCUUCGAUUCUGCUUCCUUUCCAAUAUCAUUACCCAUUAUUGACCUGAAACUGUUGCUUUCUACUGAUUCAGAACUUGAAAAACUCCACUCUACAUGCAAGGAAUGGGGCAUCUUCCAGUUGGUGAACCAUGAAAUUAGUUCUUUGCUGAUGGAAAAUCUCAAAAAUGAUAUUGAAGAAUUCUACAAACUUCCUUUGGAAGAGAAAAUGAAAUACACGAUAAGACCAGAUGGUGAUGUUGAAGGCUAUGGAACUGCCUCCAGAUUAAGAGGAAAACUUGAUUGGGGUGAUAGAUUCUAUCUUAUAACAAACCCUAUUCAUAGAAGAAAGCCUCACCUUCUUCCAGAGCUCCCUUCAUCUCUCAGAAAUAACUUGGAAAGUUACAUACUGGAACUACAAAAGCUUUCCAGGAAGCUUUUUGGGUAUUUAGCAGAAGCUUUAAAGAUAGACGAAAAGGAAAUGGAGGAUAUGUUUGAUGAUGGAAUGCAAUCAAUAAGGAUGACAUACUAUCCUCCAUGUCCACAACCAGAGCUCGUUGUAGGCAUAACUCCUCAUUCAGACGCAACUGGGCUGACAAUACUUAACCAAGUCAAUGGAGUGGAUGGUCUUCACAUUAAAAAAGAUGGGAAAUGGAGUCCUGUGACCUUCUUUCCAAAUUCACUUGUAGUGAACGUAGGAGACAUUCUUGAGAUUUUAAGCAAUGGGAGGUACAAUAGCAUUGAGCACAAGGUAGUAGUAAAUUCAGAAAAAGAAAGGAUUUCUAUAGCAUUUUUUGUGAACCCAAAAGUUGAGGCAGAGGUUGGACCUGUAAUGAGUCUCAUUAACCCAGAUAAUCCGCCAAUCUUCAAAAGAGUUGGGAUGGAACAAUAUUUCAAAGAAUUCUUUUCUCGUAAGCUCAAUGGAAAAUCAUUCCUCGAGCAUAUGAAGAUUAAUCUUGCUCAUCCUGCAAAUUAAUUACCAUCCUCUAUGUUUUAUAUAUAUUUCCUCUUCAAAAAAUUACUAUAACAUCUUAGUCUUCUCCUCUGUACAAUCUGCAGAUGGAUAUAGUCUUUUACAAAAGAAAUAACAAAAAUAGUUCAAUAAUAUAGUGGUCUGUGUAAUAUGUUUGAUGUACUAUAUAAUAUAUUCCUUUUUAGAAUUAAAACAAAGCUUCUUAU